AUGUUCAGCAGAAAACCCCUUGCUAACCUUACCGCACUGUUGGCCGUUCCUUUUACCCUGGCUCUUGGCGUUGGGAAGUUCGUAGCCCUAAGGUUUACGCUCGCUGGCAAGUCCAUCUACUUCGUUGUCAUCGAUCGCUUUGCUCGCAGUGGGGAGCAGGCCGUGAACACCACGCCCUGCGACUUGCCCGCUGACUGGGUGAAUAAUACUGGAGGAGGCUUCUGUGGUGGUACGAUCAAUGGCAUCACCAAGCAGUUGGACUAUAUCCAGGGCAUGGGCUUCGAUUGCCUCUGGAUCACGCCUCCCGUGGAGUCUCAGGGGUUUAUGGGCUACGAUGCCACAAACCUGUUCCAGAUCAAUCAGCACUUCGGCACGCAGGAAGACUUGGUGCGCCUGUCAUCUGCGCUGCACGACCGCAGCAUGUGCCUGAUUGUCGACAUUGUGCUGAAUCACAUGCGGCCCUUGCUGGUCAACGGGACCGUGAACUUAUCUUCCAUCGUCCCUUUCAAUGAGGCGAGCUACUACAACCAGAGGAACCGCUCGGCCAACCAGACCUUCGCCCAGUACGUUGCCUCCUGGCCACCUCCGGCCUUCAACCCCGGCGAGGACAAUGCACAACUGCGUAAUGUCUCGCAGGGCGAGGAAGCGACCUGUGGCCACACCGUUGCGGACCACACAGAAUGCAGCUGCUUCCCAGGGAAUUCGGGCCCAAAUUGCCCUUCCUUCCGGCACGCGGACCUCAGCACAGGUUGGCUCGGUGUAAUGGGCGACCUGAACCAGAGCAACCCGUACGUUCGUGAGCAGUUGCUCUCCUUCGUGAAGGGCAUGGUGGUUAACUACAGUGUGGAUGCACUGCGCUUGGAUACCGCAAUCUACCUCGACAGGGACUUCCUUCCCAUGGUGCAGGAAGCAGCCGGCGUCGAGAUUAUCGGCGAGGCAACCGUCAACAACCUAACCUACCAGGCCUCGCUGAUGCGAGGCCCUGGCCGACCCGGCCUGGCAGGCCUCCUCAACUUCCCACCUUUCUACAAGGUCCCUGAGGGCUUCUGCGCCUAUCAAAUCGGCGGGGACUUCGGGGACUACAGCCAUCAAGGGACUUGGUUCCACGAGGCAAACCUCAUGGGCCUCGGAAGCGUACUUUCCCUGCAGCACUCGUCAAGACUUUUUGGUGACCUGGAGCUGCUCGGUAACUUCGUCGACAACCACGACGAGUAUGGGCGCCUUCACCACUACUGCCGUCACGACACCCUGCGCAUUCGACAGGCCCUUGCCUUCGUCAUGCUUUGGCGAGGCAUCCCCAUUGUCUACUAUGGGACGGAGCAGGGCCUGGAUGGCCACCAGAGCCGUGACAACAACCUCGGCCAGGACGCGCUCCGAGAGUCGCUGUGGCAGACGCGGUACCGGACCGACACCUGGCAAUACCGCUUCCUGGCCCAGCUGAAUGGGAUCCGGAAGGACUUGGGCAUCAGCAUAGGUGACGCGGAGGUCCAGGGCCUUACCACGACCAGCCUGGUUUUCACGAGGCCGGGAAAAGAUCCUUCCCUCCAUGCUUCCAAGGCGGAAGCCCGAAGAUCAUAG